UGGUCUUUAGGCUGUGGAUCUGUUCUAAAUGAAAAAGGUGAAGUAGAAAUGGAUGCCAUUAUCAUGGAUGGAAAAAACUUAGACUCUGGAGCAGUAUCUGCGGUUAAAUGUAUAGCAAACCCAAUAAAACUUGCUCGGCUUGUCAUGGAAAAGACAAAGCACAUGCUGCUGACUGACCACGGUGCACACCUGUUUGCUCAGGCCAUGGGUAUUCCUGCGACUCCAGGGGAGAAUCUCAUAACCGAGAGAUCCCGGGAGAGAUGGAAGAAGAACCUUGAGCCAGAUUCCAACCCUGAAGAGUUUCAGAAAGACCUUGGAACAGUCGGUGCUGUUGCUAUAGACAGUGAAGGAAAUGUAGCUUGUGCAACAUCCACUGGAGGACUCUCUAAUAAACUGAUUGGCCGUGUUGGUGACACAGCAUGCAUAGGAAGUGGAGGUUAUGCUGAUAACCGUUCUGGUGCCACUUCAACCACAGGACAUGGGGAGAGCAUUAUGAAAGUGGUCUUAGCCCGACUGAUCCUCUAUCACAUGGAGCAAGGAAUGUCACCAGAGAUGGCUGCUGACACUGCAUUAGACUACAUGAAGACACGAGUUGGGGGCUUGGGGGGUGUCAUUGUUGUUAACAAUUCAGGAGAGUGGGCAGCAAGGUUCUCCACGAAGCAGAUGUCCUGGGCUACUGUAAAGGAUGACCAGCUGCAUUACGGGAUUUAUGCUGGGGAGAGGCACACAAGAUCUAUUGAUGAAGCACUUACAUCUGAAAGCGAGGGAUUCUGAGAAGGAAUAAACAUCGACUGAGGAAGAAUGAAGGUCUCCAAUUUUUGCUGGAGGACAAUGACAGUUGAUUUCAUCUUUCUGAAAGAUCUGUACUCUCCUCAUUGGUUCACAGGCAU